GAACUAAAAAAGCUUUAUAAUUAGGAAUAUUUUGAAAUAAUUCAUUUGGUGUUGACUUAAUUAAAUAAAGUAAUUUAAAUAUAAAAAUGAUUUAGAAUAAAGGAGAUGAAAAUUUCAAAUAAGUAAAAAUGAAUCCUCUAAAUAAAUCAACAAGCAAAUAGCUUUAUUCAUUUUCUAAAUCUCCUAGAUUCAAUUAUAAAGAAAAGCCUGAUUAUGUUAAAAAUUCAGCACCAUUUUAUGAGAUUAAAGGCACUAUAGGAUCUCCAAAUAAAGGUGUUACUUUUGGUUAUGGUACUAAAGUAGAUUUUUCAAAACUUUGUGAUGAAACUCCUGGACCAGGAUCAUAUAAAUUAGAAAUAGAGCAACCAAAAACUAAUAUAUAGAAACAUACAAUGGGUAUUGGUAGAACAUAUUAUAAAUAAAAGAAUGACAUACCAGAUGUAGGAAAAUAUGAGAUUUAAUCUAGUUUAAUAAAAAAAGAAGGAGUACCUCAUUUUGGACAAAAAAUAACAUUUAGUAAAUGAAAUAAAAAUUGUAGAGGCUGAAACAUGUUCUCCAGGUCCAGGAAAAUAUGAUAUUUAAUACAAGGAGCACUCAUAAUCAUUAAUUUAUCAUCCUGUAUCAGAUAGAAAAAGUCGUACACCUGAUAAUAUUCCUGGUCCAUAAUUUUAUAGACCAAAAACAGAUUUUUCUGCUAAUUAUGUGAAUUCAAAUUGGUCAAAUUGUAACACAUCUAAGUUUUCAAAGGAAGAAAGAUUUUCUAAUAAAAAAAGUUAUAAGCCAGGACCAGGUUAAUAUUAAAUACCAGGGGAGUUUGGAAUAUACUGAUUU